AUGUCUAAGUACAGAAGAGAAAGGAAAAUUACUUUUUUGUGCAUCUUGCUCUGUUUUGCCAUUUCUGCUUCAGCAUUUAUAUUCUUCAAUCCUGGACAACGUAAAGAAGGAUCUGUUCAUCUUAAAAGUCGUGCGUUGCUUGCCGGCCCCGUGGAUGACUUGGUGGACUGCAUACCCGCCGGAGUGGAUGCCUUCCCCGAUGACUUCCUGAGCCAGGAGCAGCGCCGCCAUGGCGGCGUCGUCGUUCAUUUCAUCAUCUUGGCCUACAUCUGCGCCAUGACAGCCAUCGUCUGCGACAACUACUUCGUGCCCGCGCUCGAAAUCAUCGUCGACAAGCUGAAACUGUCCCCGGAUGUUGCAGGAGCUACUUUCAUGGCUAUGGGAGCAUCGGCACCAGAACUUUUCUCUUCCAUAGCAGGCUCCUUCAUAACAGAGGAUGACAUCGGCGUUGGGACUGUGGUAGGAUCUGCCGUCUUCAACAUCUUGGGCAUCACGGGAGUUGUCGGAAUCCUGCUCUGGAAAGAGGUGCUGGACAUCGACUGGUUCCCCAUCGCCAGGGAUUGCGUUGUGUAUGCCUUGACCGUCUUGACCCUCUUCUUAAUCAUCUCCGACAACAUCGUCCAUUGGUGGGAGUCAUUAACAUUGCUUAUCAUUUUCUUCCUCUACAUUUUUCUCAUGCAUUUCAACAAAAGGAUGGAAAAGACGGCCCAAAAUAUUGAGCAAGCCUGCUUCCGCAGCUGCUGCUUCGGUUCUGGAAAAGACGAGCGACGGCCUCUGCUCCCCGUCAAGUCUGAAUCGUCUGUGAAGGAAGAGGAGAAAAGUCUGAUGGACCCCGAUUUCACCAAGACUGAAAGGGAAACACCCAUAGAAAUAAUAAAUGAAGACGGAGCCGCGAGCCCUUGUCGCAGCGCGUGGCGUGCGGUGAUGUGGCCCGCAUCUCUGCUCUUCCGCAUCACCAUCCCUCCGAUCGGGAACGAGGGCAACAGGUGCUGCUUCCCUCUCACCUUCCUCAUGUCCGUCGUCUGGAUGGGAUCGCUCUCCUACCUCGCUGUCUGGAUGGUCACCAUCAUCGGUUAUACUCUGCUGAUUCCCGACUCCGUAGCCGGAUUGACCAUUUUAGCUGCCGGGGCUAGCGUGCCGGAUCUCAUUGCCACUAUAAUUGUCGCUAAAAACGGCUUGGGCAACAUGGCCAUCAGCAACCUUCUGGGAAGCAACACAUUCGACUUGUCUUUUUGCUUGGCCGCUCCUUGGCUGGUGAAGACUCUUAUAAGCAGAAGGGGGUACCUGCUGGUGUACAGCUCCGCCAUGACCUACACGACGGGUACCCUGCUGGUGACGCUGAUCUCUCUGGUGCUCACUUUCAGACUGUCCGGUUGGCAUCUCAACAGGACUGUGGGCAUCGUUUGCCUGUUUCUGUAUGCUGCGUUCAUCACUCUGGCGUGCCUUUUUGAACUGAACGUCUUCGGAGACAUCAACCUACCCACCUGUUUUUAGGGUUAAAAUGACUAACUUGAGCCAUUUUGAAAGACAGGUAGACUAAUCCGACAUUUUGGUUCUAACAGAAUCCUGUCUUCUGUACCACAUUUGAAAAGCUGUUGCUCAAGUCCCUUAUGGUUAUGCUGGAUCUCCUUUAGACGUAGAAUAACGUCUCAGUGUCUGUAAUGGCACGAACCAUGAAUGGCGUCACAGAUGCAUCAGUGCAAAAUAGAACAAACAUGAAUUGUUUCUCCAGACGUCUUUGAAAAUCAAAGAAUUAAAAUAAUUUCAAUGUCGUCGUAAUUGUUAGGUAUUUUAUUAGUAUGAUAAGGCGUUUAAAAAAUUUUCAAUGCCUGUUGAAGCAAAAAUUUGUGCUCUUGUGCAAAAAAGGCUUAUCGGAAAAGAUUUUUUGGGAAGAACAGUAAAAUUUUCAUUCUUUGCAAAUGUUUCAAAUUAGAAAGAUGGAAUCUACUGCUCUUGUAUGUAGGCUACGAUAUCAGGAAAACAGCAAAUAUAAAACGUAAAGUAAAUUAGCUUCAAAAGAUUUUUUGUGUACAGGUUAUUGUUUCAACGUGAUUCUUGAAACCAAAAUGUCAGAUAAAUGUGAUGUCUUUGUGUUCAACAGAACUACCCUAUUGUCAUUUAUCUGGACGAAAAUAAAAUUUGUUCCGUCAUUAAAUUCCAUCAUCUUUUCCUUUAAUAAUGUACUGAUAAGUUAGAUAUUUCUUAUUUUAUUUACUAUACUUUUUUUUUUACUUUAUUUUCUUAAAGUAUUCUUGACAUUGGUACCAAU